UCUCACUGAGGAAGAGAGGGGUCUCCGAAGGGGAGGCCUCCUGGAGGGGCGGGGCUUUGCCAAGGGGUGGGAUCCCACAGGAGGAGGGGCUUCCGGACAGGUGGAGGCUUCUCUGCAGAGAGAUAGGGCCGUUUGGAGGAAAGAGUAAGAGGAAGGUUCGGGCUGGGUGGUCACUGGGCGGAUACUCUCUUUCUUUGUACUUUAUUCGAGGGAGGCGGGAUGGAGUAAGAAGGUGUAGGCCACACCAGGGACGGACUGGCCACCGGCUCACUAUACAGGCCUGAGGCACCACAACCGCCGGAGAAGGGAGAAAGUGUCAGGGAAUCCAGAGGUGUAGGGGUCGAGACCUGGGAAAUGGGCAGGCUGGGCCAGAGCGGAGGCCGGGAAGGUAGGCAGGUUGCUGGGCUACCUCCGAUUGUGGCUGAACCUGAAGGGUCUACUCUUCUGCCCUGCUGGCCCACGGAGCCCAGGAAUCCGGAGGCUUCCUGAGCCCGGCUGUCCUCAGACAGUGGCCUGAGGGUGGGAGGAGGGAAAGGACUCCCAGGGCAGCUAAAAGACAUUUGAGCUGCGCGUACGCACAAUCAGUCCAUAAUUCCCUUCAGUUAUUCAGCUCGGGCCAGAACUAAUUCGGCCUCGACGUACCAGACCCACUCGCUUAGGGUGUCGCGGCCACCGGUUGGGGGUUGUGUACCUGAGGGGGCGUGGCCGCUGCCCGUGGGCCGGACUGGAAGGAGUUAAGCGGAGGCCCGGCUCAGCCCCGCCCCCGGCAGGCCGCGGAGCCUGAACCCCAGCGGCGAAGCGGAGCCGCUGCCGCCCGCCCGCCCGCCCGCCUCCGCCUGCGGGGAACCCGCCCGCCCGCCUGCCCGGCGGCGCCCAGGAGAGACACCGCCACCGCCCGGCCCAGGCCCAGGCCCAGGCCCUGCGCAGAGCGAAGCGGAGCGGCGUCUACCCGGGCCCUGCAAGCCGGCGCGGCGGGGGCGGGCCCAAGAUCUUCCGCGGAUCUUCCAUUCUCCAGGGCAGGAGCGGGAGCCCCAGCGUCCCGGAUCGGGCUGGGCGCACGCCCAUGGCAAGCGCGGCCUGCCCGGGCCCCGGGGACCCUGCCAUGUGAGGCAGGCCCGGGCUGGGGGCCCGGCCAUGGCCGGGGAACGGCCCCCACUGCGGGGCCCUGGGCCAGGGCCCGGAGAGGCGCCGGGGGAGGGGCCCCCGGGACCGGGGGGCACGGGUGGAGGCCGCGGCCGCCCCUCCUCCUACCGGGCUCUCCGCAGCGCCGUGUCAAGCCUGGCGCGCGUGGACGAUUUCCACUGCGCCGAGAAGAUCGGGGCCGGCUUCUUCUCUGAGGUCUACAAGGUUAGGCACCGACAGUCAGGGCAAGUCAUGGUGCUGAAAAUGAACAGACUCCCCAGUAACCGGGGAAACACGCUACGCGAGGUGCAGCUGAUGAACCGGCUCCGACACCCCAACAUCCUAAGGUUCAUGGGGGUCUGUGUGCACCAGGGGCAGCUGCACGCUCUUACAGAGUAUAUGAAUGGGGGGACCCUGGAACAGCUGCUCAGCUCCCCAGAACCCCUAUCCUGGCCUGUCAGGCUCCACCUGGCUCUGGACAUUGCCCGCGGCCUGCGGUACCUACAUGCCAAAGGUGUAUUCCACCGAGACUUAACAUCCAAGAACUGUCUGAUCCGACGGGAAGACCGAGGCUUCACGGCUGUUGUGGGUGACUUCGGGCUGGCUGAAAAGAUUCCUGUGUAUAGGGAAGGGGCAAGAAAGGAGCCAUUGGCUGUGGUAGGUUCCCCAUACUGGAUGGCUCCAGAGGUGUUGCGGGGUGAGCUGUAUGAUGAGAAGGCCGACGUCUUUGCCUUUGGGAUUGUCCUCUGUGAGCUCAUUGCACGAGUACCUGCGGACCCAGAUUACCUGCCCCGAACUGAGGACUUUGGCCUGGAUGUGCCUGCUUUCCGGACCCUGGUAGGGGAUGACUGCCCACUGCCCUUCCUGCUCCUAGCCAUCCACUGCUGCAGUAUGGAACCAAGCACUCGUGCUCCCUUCACCGAAAUCACCCAGCACCUGGAAUGGAUCCUGGAGCAGCUGCCUGAGCCAGCCCCCCUCACCAGAGCUCCCCUGACACACAGUCAGAGGUCUGUUUCAAGAGGGGUUCCCUCUGCCACACUUCCUAGGCCAGACCCCCGGCUUUCCCGAAGCCGGUCAGACCUCUUCCUGCCCCCGUCACCAGAAUCACCCCCCAACUGGGGGGACAAUCUGACUCGCGUCAACCCCUUCUCACUCCGGGAAGACCUCCGGGGAGGCAAGAUCAAGCUGUUGGACACACCCAGCAAGCCAGUCGGCCCCCUGCCCCUUGUUGCACCAUCACCACUGCCCUCCACGCAGCUGCCCUUGGUGACCACUCCAGAGAUCCUGAUCCACCCCGGGACCCCUGCCCGUCGCUGCCGCUCGCUCCCAUCAUCCCCUGAGCUCCCCCGACGUAUGGAGACAGCACUGCCAGGUCCUGGCCCUCCCUGCGUGGGUCCCUCGGCUGAAGAAAGAAUGGAGUGUGAGGGCAGUAGCCCUGAGCCAGAACCCCCAGGACCAGCUCCCCAGCUGCCCCUGGCCGUGGCCACAGACAACUUCAUCAGCACUUGUUCCUCAGCCUCCCAGCCCUGGUCCCCUAGAUCAGGACCUGUCCUUAACAACAACCCCCCGGCUGUGGUGGUGAACUCCCCACAGGGCUGGGCUGGGGAGCCGUGGAACCGGGCCCAGCAUAGCCUGCCCCGGGCAGCAGCCCUGGAGCGGACAGAACCCUCACCGCCCCCUUCAGCUCCCCGGGAGUCUGAUGAGGGGCUGCCCUGCCCUGGCUGCUGUCUUGGCCCUUUCAGCUUUGGCUUCCUGUCCAUGUGCCCCCGCCCCACACCAGCUGUUGCCCGCUACCGCAACCUGAACUGUGAGGCGGGCAGUCUCCUCUGCCACCGAGGGCACCACGCCAAGCCUCCCACACCCGGCCUGCAGCUGCCCGGGGCGCGCUCUUAGCAGUGGGGCCUGUGGUCUCUGGCCUCUAACUUUGGCCUUCAGGAAGCCCUGUGAGGACUGAGCACACAUGUUGGACAGUGCCAGCCCCAGAUGGGCUGACCGGCUCUGCUCCCCAUGUAGGGGAGCCUCAGCAUGGAUUCAAGGGACGGAACAUUUCCUAUCCAGCCCCUGGGUUUGCUCUUCUGUGGGCGAUCACUGAACCAGACAAAGCAUUGCUGACACAUGAGACUAACACGUGCAAUUAUUUAAAAAUAUUUCAAUAAAACUGCCUGGCUGGCUCCGGGCUGCCCCUAUCCACUCAGCCCAUGCGCCCUCCUCCACCCCCCUGCAAUUCCACCAUAGGAAGUUCUUGGGGAGGCCAAAAUCUAACGACUUCUUCACCCGUUUCCCAGGAACAGUCCAGUUUCUGGGGCAGGAUUUCAAGCAGGCAGCAGGCUGGCUAGAAGUGUUGGGCAUGGAUCAGCCCUUGGCUGGGCACUGCCCAGGCGGAGUGACAGGGCACUGGAGGGAGAUGAUCUUAGGGCCUGCAGACUGCAGUUAGGGGUGAGGAGUACAGGCUCUUGUUGGCAUGAGUACCUAUAAGAGUAAAGCACCGGUGAGCUCUGCAGUUGACUGUUAAUAAGAGCAUUCAUCCAGCUCAUCCCACCUCCCUGGACAGCCACAUCACCAGCCUCCCUUCAGGUCCAGACCUUUCCUGCCCAACCCCCGGACCCCCGUUACAUAAGCAGACCAAGACCUUGAAGGCUGUAGAGGUGACCGUCACUCAGGAAUAAGUUUUACCCCUGGCUUCUGAGCCCUUGCUCUUGAGUUCCUCUCCCUCCCUGCUCCCCAACUCCCAUGCCUCAGUCGAUUUGUCAU